ACAAAAGAGCUUCAACUCUUUCUACAUACAUUCAUGUGUCAGCUAUUAAAUUCAUAGCUUGUAUUCUCCUCGCAGGCAAGACAAAUUCUGUUAGGACCAUCUCUGUCUCUUUGUGAAGAGAGUCUUAAACAGGGACUGAAGCCUGAAAGUAAAGACAAGAACCGUAAGUAUCUAAAGCUUUGUGAGUGCAGGCAAUCUGGAACUUGUAAGAAGGUAUCAAGAGCAGCAAUUAAGACCAUGUGCCAUAGAGGACAUGAUCUUCUCUGUCUGAGCCUUGAAUCCUCAAUCUUCUCUUGUUGUGUCUCUGACUGACAGAUGUUCUUUGUCUGUUCUAUUUAAUGUACUACUAAUCCAUGCAUCUUCUCUUCCAAGCUACUUGAACUAUUCACCACUCUUUUCUUCAUUUCCAAGCUCCAUUUACUUCAACUAUGGCUGCCAGGGAUAAACAACUUCGAGAGCUCCUCCAGGAGGAGCAAGAGCCUUUCAUCCUGGAGCUUUACCUGGUGGAAAGAGGGUAUUUGAGAAAGAGCUUUAAUGGAGGAAGUAGCUUCCCUCUUUGUCAUGGCGAUUCAAGAAAAUCAGUCAAGAGGUCAUUUAGCUCUGGUCUUAAAAGGAGCAAAAUGGGUGUUCCGCAAUUUCCAAAGGCGUUAAGAAGUGUGUAUGAUCAGGUCAUUUCCAUCAACGAGAGGCUCAGAAUCAAAACUUGUAAUCAUGGAGAUGGAAAUGUUGAUGUUACAAAGAAUAAGGACAGGCAAAACCAAGAAGCAGUGGAAUUUGAAAGAUUUUCUUCAGCUAGCAGCUCAACAGUCUUCAAUUCAUGUUGUGGAAGUGAUGCAGAAGAAACUUCCACUUCUCAGCUUAAAGAUCACAUCUCAUUCACAGCAAACACUUCCCAGUCUUUAAAACUCUGCAAUCUACUAGAAAAAGAGGCUGCUGGAGAUGGGAAGUUCCAAUGGCAAUGCAUAGAAGAAAGUAGACAGCUCAGCCCAGUGUCUGUACUAGAAGAGGUAGCUUCACAUAGAGGUUACCCACUUGAUAACAAUAAAACAUACUUCCGCAGCUUAAAAGAAAAGAAUACCUCAAAAACUUGUGGCCUUUCUCCCAAGAAAGUUACAGAAGACUCUGUUCUAUCAGCUUGUCUGUGGAAAUUACUUUUCCACUCAGCAGCUGAGAAACCAACUUUAGCAGGAGUCUCAGAAAUACAGGAGCUUGUCCAAUCCAAUCUUUCUUCACAGCACCUGAAGUCGAAGUCAAGUUUGCAGCAAACAAAGCAACUUCUUUUUGACUGUGUAAAGGAGAUAGUAGAGAACCAUGGAAGGAAGAAGGAGAAGCGACAACAACAGAGAAAAUAUUUGGCAUCAGAAGAGCUCGGAAAGCUAAUUGGAGAGAAAAUUAAGUUCUUGGGAAAACAGUCUGGUGAAGAAUCAACCUUGAGAGAACUACUGGAAUUGGAAUUUCUGGAUUCAGCACAAGAAUGGAAUAGUUAUAAGAAACAGAGAAGGGACAUCGGGUUUCAGAUUGGGGACGCCAUUUUGGAGGAGAUUAGCAGUGAAGUUGUUAAGGAAAUGAUCGAUUUAUUGUCACCAAUCACCAGAUAUUGAGCUGGUAAUUGUAUCAAAAGUAAUUAUUUCCACUUUCACUUUCCAUACUACAUUAAAA